CGGAUAAAUGUUUAAAUUUUAUUUGCAGUAACCGCAUCCACUACUCAAAAAUUCCCAAACAGGAUACAGAUAAAGUCUCUGAAUUCGAAAAGUUUUUCUCUCUAUUUAUAUAAGUAAAAUAAAAAAAGCGAGACUUUGUGGAGAAGAAGAAGAAGAGAGAUAGAUUGGAGGCAGUUAGUGGUUUCCUUCUAGAGAACAACCGUUUCAUCAAUCUAAAUUAACUGCUGCCCAAGAGUUAAGCUUUGGAAUCUAGGUAUAAAUCAAGUUUGUGUUUUGAUCAAUUUGGGUGUCUGGGUUUUGUCAGAUUGUAUUGGAUUAGGGUAAUCUGGUGUAAAGAUCAGAUCUUGUAAUUGGGUUUGGGGAUAAUGACUUUGGGGAAGAAGGGUGAAGGGAUAGUGAGAAGCCAUUCUUUUGGGAGGAAAAGAGUGGUUCUGUCAAGUGCUUUGCAGUUCGAUGAUUUUAUUACCAACACAGAAACAAAGAAGCCCUGCAGAGAGGUUUCGUUUCCCAAUUCUGAGAAUUCUCCUCUGGAAUCCUUGCCUCAAGAUGUUCUGAUUAGGAUAAUUUUUGGGGUUGAUCAUGAUGAUUUAAGCAGUCUGUUUCAUGUAUCCAAGACCAUUAGAGAAGUGACAAUGAUCGCUAAGAAGUGGCAUUUUGAGUAUAGUACACCAAGAAAAACCAUGGAUUCCCAAAUCCUUGUUGGUUUCGAGGAUCCUAUGGAUUGCGAUGAAGUUGAAGCACCAAAUGCUCCAAGACAGACAAGAGUUCCAAAGCUUCGGUUAAGCCAUAAGAAGUUGUCUGGGAUUGCCGUAACCCUGUUUCCAUGAAAGUGUAGUGAGAAUUGCUGCUUUGGACAAGGUUGUUUUGUCAAACUUUCCACUGCUGCUGUGCUGCUUGUACAUGUCACAGAAAUGUCCAGAGGCCCUUCUUCUUCAACCUUCUGUUGAAGACUGGCUUGUCUGUAAGAAAAAAUGAUUUGAUUUAUUAGGCAUUCUGGGCUGCAUUGGCUCUUCCAUUUUCAUGUAUAGCAAUUUUUUGAGGCCAUGAAAUAAAAAUGCAUUUUUUUCAUUCACA